AUGUUUGAAGCAAGUCGUGUCUUCAUAAAUUCUGAUAUUCAUGAGAUCAAAGAAUUCAAAGACAGAUAUCUUGAGAAGGAGUUUUCUAAAUCAUCUUCAAGUAAACAAUCAUGCUCCCAAGUGAUAUCGAAUGCAGAAGAUGAGUUUCUAAAUGCUGAAGAUUUUGUUAUGAACGGUUUUAUUGCUUCUAUUGACGUGGAGAAAAAGGUUAUCAUUGUUGGUACUGUUAUAGCUAUUUCAAUUGAUAAGCCGUGGUAUUAUUUAUCAUGCAAUGUUUGUAAGAAGCAAAUUGAAGAGAAAACUGAGUUGGUUGAAAGAGAUGAUGGCAGUUUUGACGUGUUGGAUGACAAGUCGUUUGAGUGUAUAAACCCAGAUUGUGAUGCUGUUGACAUUGUUCCUGUUCAUCGAUACAAGAUACCUCUAAGGGUUCAGGAUUCAACUGGAACCAUUUCCUGUACUUUGUUUGAUUAUGAGGCUAUUAAGCUUUUGAAAAAAACCUCGAAAGAACUGCUAGAUAUCUACUCGAAGGUUGACACUUCCACUGAAGGAUCGUUUCAAUCACUUCCAUCUGAGUUUGAUGUGUUGUUGAACAAGAAGUUUGCAUUCCAAAUAAAAAUUUCCAGUUUUAACAUUACCAACCAGGUUGAAAACUAUGGGAUUUCAAUGUUAUCUUCCGAUGAGGAUCUACUUUCUGCUUUGGAGAAAAAAUGGAAAGUUAAUGAGUCUGACUUUUCGGAGUCAAAUGUUCAAAGUUUGUCAGAUUCAGUUGGUAAUGUCAAAGGUUUAGGGAAGUUUCAGGAAUCUCAAUCUGUGAUGGGUGACAGCGUUACGCCAGAUCCUAUAGAUGGUAGUGAUCAAGAAGCGACGAAGUUCGAUAACAUUAAACGUAAUCUGGAAGAUGUUUAUGAUGUUGAUGCUGUUGAUAGCUCUUCUACUAAACGUCGUAACAGUCCUGGGAAAGUUGAAAUCAACGAUGCUGUCGGCUUGGAUCUCCUGACGCCAAAAAUUGAGAAAUAA